AUGAGUAAGCUAUUCGAACGCCUGGCAGUGGCUCCUUUGGACCAGCCAGUCACAUCCUUGGAUGCCUGCGCCUACUUCUAUCGCUUUGCCACCUUUCUUGGAUGGAUGCCGCCCACGGAGAAGGGUUGGCUUAGGUGGGCAUAUGCCUUGUGGACAGGAACCACCAUGCUGAUGGGUGUGGUCUAUCUGCCUCUUGGGUUGUCUCUCACCUAUGUGGUGCACUUUGAUAGAUUCACGCCCAUGGAAUUCCUCACCUCGCUGCAGGUGGACCUCAACUGUGUGGGGAAUGUGAUCAAGACGUGCGUGACCUAUUCUCAGAUGUGGCGGAUGCGGCGGAUGAACGAGCUGAUAGCUCCAUUGGACGAGAGAUGCCGCACGCCCAGCCAGCGUUUGAUACUCCACCAAAUGGUGGCUCGGGUGAAUCGCAUUAUAAUAUUCUUCAUGUACAUGUACUUUGCCUUUAGUAUCCUGACUCUCUUUACGAGCAUUGCGGCUGGGAAGGCUCCUUGGCAAUUGUAUAAUCCUUUUGUGGACUGGAUGGAUGGCACCUGGCAGCUGUGGGUUGCCUCGAUCCUAGAGUUCUUUGUGGUUGGCACUGGGGAAUCACAGGAGUUGAUGGCAGACACGUUUCCUAUAGUAUUUAUAUCCUUAUUUCGUGGACAUUUGGCUAUACUCAAGGAUCGCAUAGAGAAUUUGCGGAAGGAUGAGGAGCUCAGUGAGGAGGAGCAUUACGAGGAGCUGGUGGCCUGCAUUCAGGAUCAUCGUACUAUUAUAGAAUGCUCCAACAUCAUCCGUCCCAUGUUAUCCUACACCAUCUUUGCCCAGUUCAUGCUGGUUGGCAUUGUCCUUGGCCUGGCCGGCUUUAAUAUCCUGUUUUUCCCCAACACCAUUUGGAUGAUCCUUUCGAAUAUUGCCUUCAUUCUGGCCAUAUGCACGGAGACCUUUCCCUGCUGCCUGCUCUGUGAAUUUCUCAUCGAGGAUUGCACCAAACUCUCGGAUGCAUUGUUCCAUUCCAACUGGCUGACUGCCACUAAGCGUUAUAAAUCGGCGGUUAUAUAUUUUUUGCAACGAACUCAGCAGGUCAUUGAGUUCAAGGCCGGCUCUAUUUUUCCCAUUUCCGUGCAGAGCAACAUAGCGGUGGCCAAGUUUGCUUUCACCAUUAUUACAAUUGUCAAUCAAAUGAAUCUCGGGGAGAAGUUUAAGACAAAUAGGGAGCUGGGAGGAGAGAUAGAGCCGUGA